AUGAAUAGAUUCAUUACAUCAAUUAUACAACGUUCAACAAUACAAAACAGUUGUAAAUUAAAACAACCAUGUAUAUAUAAUUAUAACUUUAUAAAAUAUAGUAGUAGUAGUAGUUCUACUUUACUUUUAGCAAAAAAUCAACAAAAACAAUUUUCAUUGUCAACUUUAAGUUUCUCAAGUGUUGGUGGUGGUAUCAGAAAUUUCAGUAGCGGUGGUGUCUCUACUGAAACACCACAAAAGACAGAUGAAGAAAUUAAUGAAGAAGGAAGAAAGAUGAUAGCAGAUAUUGAGAAACUAACUUUAAUGGGCCAGUAUGACGAUGCUUUGGCUCUAUGUGACAGGCUUAUAAAGACCAACAGUUUCUUCACUGUCAAUGGCUAUCUGAUCAAAUCACGAUUGCUCCUCGAUUACUUUAAGAAUCCAGAGUUGGCAUUGGAGCAAGUUGGAAUUGCCAAUAGUUUGGUGCAAUACUACAAUCCUUCGAACCAAAGGCAACUCAGAUACAACAUAAAGACUGGCGCUCUGCAAGUCUAUUACGCCAUGAAGAAAUACCAAGAAGCAUUGUCGGUCAUUCUCGAGAUAAUCGACCAGCAUUCCGAAUCAGUAGAUGCAGAUUUAUUGAGAUCGGCCUAUCACUUUGCUUCGAUUGUCAAAAACUACCAGCAAGGACACAAUGUCAUGACGAUGUUGGAGAACAGAUUCCCACAGCAAUGGAAACCCACCGAUUCUAUAUACAUUGGUCUCGCAGAGUUGGGAAUAGGUAACCUUGACAAAGCAGCCGUGAGAAUCAAUGUUGGAUUGGAGCAAACCAAAUCCGAGAUUGGCAAUGAUGUUGCUACCUACAUGGCAUAUCGCGGUGGAAUGCUAGCCAAAGGAAGAUACUUAUUACCCAAUGACCAUAAAGAACGUUUGGAAGUGUUUAAGAUACUAUUUGCCCAAGAAGAGGAUUGCCUCUCCGCCUACAUGAUUUGUGAAUGCCUAAUACAACUAGAUAAUCUUCAAGAAUCAGAUAAAUUUGCUGAUAUUGCAUUGAAACAUUGGAAUGAUCAUACAAUGUCAGAUAUGUCACAAUUUUAUAAAGAUACAGUAAUAUUGAAUAUUUAUAUUGUAAAGCUAAAGGCUAUCAUUGCGAACAAAGGAAAGAAGGAAUUGAUAGACAAGUUGGCUGUCGAUGCACAAGCGAUAUUCGAUAGAUACCGUGGUGGUGAUCGAGAACUAGAAGAUAAAAUCGAUGUGUUUUGCAUGAACUUUUACUUUAUAUACAUCCACUAUGUAGUCAAAGAACUUCCUCAUGACAAUUCAGUUUGGAAUGAUUUCAUGUCUAGUCUUUCCACAGCUGAGAAAUCAUUGUUCUACGAGAACGUCAAACUUAAUCAGUCGGAAUCUGAUGUCAAAGCAACAGUCACCAGAAUCAGUAGAAACUCCAAAGAGAUACAAGCGAUUAUCACUCGAUAUAAUUCAAAGGUUUUCAAAAUCAUCAACUUUACUCCGUAUCAUCAUGCACACCAGCCAUUUGAAAAAAUCGGUUGGGAGUUCCACAAGUAUCCAACUUCCAUUGAGAUGUUGGAGUUAAAGCUUUUGGAAGAUCAAAUAUUCGAUAGAUCCACAUUCGACAAUGCAAUGGAGCAAACCGAUAAGCUGAUCCAAUCAAAUGGAAAAUCGGUACAUCUUGCCAUGAAAGCAUAUCUCAUGUCCAAGGAGUUGGACAAUGUCGAUCAAAUUUGGAAUCAAAUAGACAAGGCAUUAAAGGCGGACAAGUACGACAACGAACAAGAACGAAUCUUGGUACAAAUAAUCAAGGGAAUGAUGUAUAUGAGUACCUAUUCGUUUGACGAAGGAUUGGAAUUAGCAAAAACACUCUUAGAGAAGCAUCCAAAUUCGCCGCAGGUCAAGAUGUUCUAUGUUCGAGCUUUGGUGCUCAACGGCGAUGCCACCAAGAUUCCAGCAGCAAUCGAAUUCCUCAAGACUAUUGUCAAGACCGAGAAAUAUACCAAUCCAAUAUUAGUUAUUAAUUCUCUCAAUCGUCUUGGAUUCAUUCAGCUGUAUCUUGGCAAUGGAAAGGAAGCAAUGGAAUACUUCACAUCGAUCUACGAGAGUGGAUUGGCUCUGCCACAGUCAAAGGCAGGAUCCAAUUACUUUACAAGACGUGGAAUCUUCGAUUCAAUGGUUGAGAUUAUCAUUAGUGACUACAAUCAAAUCUUAAAGUUACGACCAGAUUUCAUUGAGGUAAUCUACAGUAGAGCUCUUGCAAAUAUUGCAAUUGGUAAUCGUCGUUGGUCACUCAUUGACCUCCAGAAAAUUGAAGAUCUUUUCCAGGAGAAACCAGAGUUGUUAGAGUAUGAAGGAAACCAAGGAAUUGCCAGCACUCUAGAGAAUUUGAAGGCAAUCCUUAUGAAGGAACCAUCGGUGAUCUCACUUGAAAUGAGAAAUAUUUUAGAACGUGGUUAUACAGUUUUGUCCAGUCAAGCAGUAUUGGAUAUUUUGGAGGAUCCAAAGAAAUCUGAAUACUAUCGUGUAUUACUUCAUCAACUUGAAAAUAACAAGUUAUUGGAAGAAGAAAUGGCACUUGAAAAAUAA